AUGAAGCGCACCGGAAAAACAACCAAAGCAACAAGAAAACCGUCGCAAGGUGCUUGUGGUACUCCCAAGCAAGUUCAGUUGCUGCUGAAGCAUCCUCCGAAGAAGCCAGCUUCCAAGAAGGAUACCGUGAAGAAAGCAGCUGGGAAGAAGCAAGCUACCUUGAACCCAACCGCGGUUACCCCUGUUGCAAAGGCCGCACCUGCUGACAAGGUUGACGUAGGAACGUUGCUACAAGACCCUGUUCCGUCAACAAGUCCUCGCCCCAUGUAA